AUGAACCCACGCAACGACGAUCACGUGAAACUGAUCACCUCUAUCGAGAACAACGACGCGGAAACCGCUGUGAAAAUCGUCACCGAGAGAUUCGACGAGAAGUUCUUGCAACCGGUCGGACUUCUUCACGUGACAGCUGUUCAAUUAGCCGCGUGGCAGGGUAGAAUUGAAUUACUCGAACUGUUUUAUAAAAACGGCGCUGACAUUAGUGUCACGGAUAAAAUUGGAAGAUGCGCGUUAUUUCACGCGGCUCAUCGUGGAAAUUACCAAGUGGUGCAAUGGCUGCUGGAACACGGAGCCUCCGUGGAGAACCGAGUCGGGAUCAACGCUUGUUUCAAGAGGAUCUCCUUCAGUAUUUUCAGUUCUCCUCUCGUUGGUCGCGACCUACCAACGCCAGAAUGCUGGGGAAGGACUCCUCUCCAUCAGGCGGUGAAGAACAAUCACUCUCAAGUGGUGAAGAUCUUGGUGAACGCUGGAGCCGACGUGAACACUCAAGACGAGCACGGUAUCACACCUCUGCUCCUAGCAGGAUCCACGGUUUCGCCGGAAAAUCCCGACGAAAUGUGCAAAUUCGACGAAAUUCUCGAGAUCCUCGUGAACGCGACAGCUUCGACGAACGUUGUUCAUCCUGACACAGGAACUACGGCGUUACAUUCCGCGGCGGUACUAGGAAGUUCCACGGCGACGAAAAAAUUGCUGGACGCCGGUGCCUGGCCUCUUUAUCGGUGUAAAAGCACCGGAAGCACGCCUCUUCACCUCGCUGCGAGUAUAGGCAGCACAGAGACACUUUCGAUCCUUCUCGAGAGAAUACCUUCUGGCUACGUCGAUGUUCGAGAUAACAUUAAUCGAACACCGUUGCACAGAGCUUCUUACAAGGGCCACAGCGACUGCGUUCAGAUAUUAAUCAAUCAUGGAGGAAAUUUGGCAGCAAAAACGAAGACUGGAGUCACUGUCGUGGACGCCAUAUUUGCUCACAUACCGAGACCGGUGUUUUUCUUGCAGCACAUCUUGGAUUCUCGCGUGAGAACGAAUUCGAACCAGAAAAAUUCACACAUCGUUGUUGACUUCGACGUGCUGGCGCCGAAAGGGGAGCUGCAAAUGGGAGUAGUUAUGUCCCUUAUUGCAGCAACUUCGGACGUGGAACAAUUGACGAUACUGCAACAUCCGCUGGUGGAAACGUUCCUCUGCCUCAAGUGGUCCAAACUGAGAGUGUUCUUCUUUAGUCUCGUCUUCGUCCACGCCCUGUUAGUCCUUUCCCUGUCUGGUUACUCCAUGACGAUGCUGCAGCACGAGGAUUGCAUCCCGUUGAGAAGGACCGUUACUUCCUGCUCUUGCAUCCUCUUCUUUCAUACCAUGGCUCAGGUGUUUAUGGUGCCCAGAUAUUAUAUUCGACAAUUCGAAACGUGGCUGUCGCUUGCAUGCGCGACGUUAUCCCUGACGAUCUCUGUGGAUGGCGGUUCCGUUGAGUCAAGGGGAAAGGAAUUAAACGCAUCUCGCCACCCCCCGCAGUGGGUGCUGCAUUCCAUCAGCUUGGCAAUCCUGCUCGCCUGGAUGCAAAUGAUGCUGUUAGUCGGCCGUCUCCCAAUGUGCGGAUAUUACGCGCUCAUGUUCUCCACAGUGCUGAAGAACAUUCUGAAGGUUCUCCUAGCGUUCGUCUGCCUGAUUGUCGGAUUCGCGUUCAGCUUCGCCGUUUUGUUCCACGGGAACGACCAGUUUCGCAAUUCCUGGAGGGCCGUCGUGAAGACCGUGGUAAUGAUGAUGGGUGAGUACGAGUACGGGGCUCUGUUCUCGGACGAGAAGAAUGGCAGCUCCUUCCUACAAGCCACGAGCAGGGUCGUGUUCCUUGCUUUCGUCAUGCUCGCUAGUAUCGUCCUGAUGCACCUGAUGAUCGGCCUCGCGGUCAAUGACAUCCAAGGCCUCGAGAAGGAGGGCCACAUUCGCCAAUUGCUGAAGCAGGCCGAGUUCGUGGGUCAUUUAGAAAGGCUGACAUCACACCGAAUCUUUCGCGGCAAUUGGCUACAUCCUCGGCUGGGCACGCUGCUAGACUCGAGGCGCAGCAUUCCCACAAAAAUUACGUUCGGCUAUCACGAACGUUAUUUCCAUGAAUCAUCCCCGAGCGUGCCGACGCGUCUCCGCGAGGCGCUCUUCCUCCUCGCCACGGGAAACUCGCGCGGCUGUGAAAGCGACGUAACGAGUGACAAGCCCGAAAGCUGCAACAACAACAACGACGACAACGGCAACAGGGAGUUAACUGCGCUGCUCGAGGAGGUGUUGCUGCAAUUAAGGAUGUCCUAUUAUCCGAGCAGCGCGGGGCGAAACUUUGUGAAAUCCUUUAACGCGCGAAAUCGAACGAUUCAAAGGAAAAGUAGCAAUUUCUGA